AUGACCUUCGACCAAUACAAAAUCACCAAGCACACAGGCUUUGCCCAUGUUGAAUUCAACCGCCCAAAAGUGUUGAAUGCAUUUGAGCACGAAACAUGGAUUCAAUAUCGUAAAUUACUACUGGAAUUGGACAAGGACCCAGAAGUGAAGGUGAUAGUGAUCUCAGGUGCUGGUGACCAUCUCACUGCUGGGCUAGAUUUGAAAGAUGCAAUUAAAGGAAUGGGCUCAUUUGCUGGAAAGACUCAGGAAGAUCUUUAUGACCAUAUCAAAGAUUUUCAGGAUGCAAUCGGUGUUUCAACUAGGAUUUCCACGCCCACCAUCAUACUGAUUCACGGUGUCUGUUACGGUUUGGGGGUGGACAUUCUUUCAACUGCUUCGAUCCGUGUAGUAUCCAAAAAUUCAAAAAUAAGUAUCAAGGAGAUCCAGGUUGGCCUUCCAGCUGACAUGGGCUCUUUGCAGCGUUUUCCGCGGAUUGUGGGCAACUCAUCGUUGGCAAACAGACUUGCGCUUACCGGAGAAGACUUUGGAUGGGAAACCGCAUUAAGGUUAGGGCUUGUUGAUGAGGCUGAUGUUGUUGGUACAAAGGCAGAUGGUUUGAAAAGAUGUUUUGAACUGGCAUCUCAGAUCGCCAAAUGGGAAGAUUGGUGUAUAAGGGGAACCAAGCUGUGUCUGAGUGAGGUGAGUGAGUCCAAAACGUCUGUUCAGGGAGGUCUCGAGACAAUUGCUGGUUACAAUAAGGUGAACCUAAAUCCUACUGCCUUCAGUAAAAGUCUGCUGAAAAGAAUUUCCAAAUUGUAA